AUGGAGGAGGCCCGCACCGUGCGCCUCUUGAAGCAGCGCCUGAGCCGGCUCUGUGGCGUCUCGCGCUUCCGGCAGAGGCUGCUCUUGGAGAGCCAGACUUUGGAGGAUGACUUCAGCUUCACCGUGCCAGUUGAUCUUCAGCUGCUGGUGCUGCCCUUCUGCAGCACCCGGAUCGAAGAGGUGGAAGAGCUCGUGGAUCUCGUCGCCCACGGCCAAGUUGAGGAGGUAGAGGAAGUCCUACAGAGGCCGCAGGACCCCAACCUCAAGCCCGGCACGUACUUUGAGAGGCCCAUCUGGUUUGCCGCCGUCUCUGACAAAGUGGACGUGCUGCGCUUGUUGCUGGAGGCCGGCGCUGAAGUGGGACCACGGGACAGGCCGCUGCUGGCAGCAGCCGAAGUUGGUCGGGUCGAAGUCGUGAGGGUGCUGCUGGAAGCGGGUGCCCGGCACGAAGCCGAAGACCCCGAUGACAAUGAGGCCUUGUGUGCGGCUUCGGAGCAUGGCCAUCUGGAAGUCGUCCGCCUGCUCCUGGGGGCUGGCUUUGACAAGCAUAUUCCGAACCGCUCUGGCAAAACACCCUCCGAGUUGGCUGCCAAGAGAGGCCACGGCGAGAUCGUACGGUUGCUGCUGGAAUGUGGCUGA